AUGUCUUCCCAGAUUGUAGUCAUAGGCGCCGGCGUCACCGGCUUGAGCUGCGCCAUUCAGCUGCAAGAAGCCGGCCACGCAGCAGGAGCAGUCACUAUCAUCGCCAAGGAUUUCCCAACGCCAUUCGCACUUAUCGAUCCGAAGGCGCAGGUCAACUUCACCAGCCCCUGGGGCGGCGCACACAAUCGUUGGGUGCCGCCCCCUGUUGCUGGCCAGGCCCAGCCAAACGAUCUGAGGGAUCACCGCCUGGCCCUGGCCACAUUCCGCCGCAUGAGGUCACUGCAGGGGUCGAACCCCGAGGCAGGAAUCACUUUCAUGAAGGGCAUCGAGUACCUGGAGAAGCCCGCGCCCGAGUAUCAAGCGCUGGUCCGCGAGAGUGGCGAGGGGAGCGCUAAGGACCUGGGGCUCGAGGGGUUCCGCGUCCUGGAGAAGAGCGAGCUGCCCGAUGACAAGAUUAGCCUGGGUUUCGAGUAUGACACGUGGUGUGUCAACCCUAUGGUCUACUGCAGCUUCUUGCUGAACAGGUUUGUCUUUCGCGGUGGCCGGAUCCUCCGGAGGGAAAUCAGCCGCCCCGAGGAGGUCUUUGAGAUGCGGGAUCUGGGUGGCCCUGUAAAAGCGGUAGUAAAUGCAUCGGGGAUGGGAUUUGAUGACCCGAAUUCAUUUAUCAUCAGGGUCGCCAAUCUUUGCCCUGAGACAGUAACUAGGCAAAACGCCGACGGCAGCUGGACAUUCUGCGUUCCCCGAAAUUUCGAAGGCGGCACCAUAAUAGGUGGCACUAAGGAGCCCAACAGCUGGGAUACGGAGCCGUCUUUGCAGGUCAGGGAAGAGCUGAUUCGGGCCUUUGUGGCUACACAUCCCAAGAUCGCUGACGAGUCCGGCUCGGUGAGAGUCCUGAAAGACGUUGUAGGGAGGCGGCCAGCCCGCCAUGGUGGAGCAAGACUGGAGAGCGAAGAGGUCGCCCCCGGAAAAACAGUUGUACACGCAUACGGCUUGGGCGGAAGAGGGUAUGAAUUGUCCUGGGGAGUGGCGGAGACGGUCCAGAAACUUGUCGACGAAGCUAGCCAGACUAAGGCCCGGAUAUGA